UGUUGCCCAGAGAGGGGAAGAGCUUAGGAAGAAGCAGCUCCCUCUGCACUUACUUCCCUGAGGAAGACGGGCCAGGCGCUGCUGCUCUCCUCCUGGGCGCUGGCUGUUCAUCCCCGGGCAAGUGGGUCUGCCUCUGAGCUCUGAGACGGGCCACAGCCCCCCGACAUGGCCACCACCGCCUCCCCCCAGCAGCUCUCCACCAAGGUGGCCGGUCCCGAGAACAGCAGCUCCUUCUACGACUAUGAGGACUACUUCGACCAGGAGGCCUUCAUGCUCUGCAGGAAGGACGAGGUGGUGUCCUUUGCCAAAGGCUUCCUGCCGGCCUUCUACAGCCUGGUGUUCGUGCUGGGCCUGGGCGGGAACCUCGCCCUCCUGGUCGGCCUGCUCCGGUAUGCGCCCCGCCGGCGGAUGACCGAGAUCUACCUGCUGAAUCUGGCCAUCUCCAACCUGCUGUUCGUGGUGACCCUGCCCUUCUGGGUCAUCUACCUGGCCUGGCACUGGGUCUUUGGGAGUUUCUUGUGCAAGGCAGUGAGCACUCUGUACACGGUUAACCUCUACAGUGGCAUCUUCUUCAUCAGCUGCAUGAGCCUGGACAGGUACCUGCAGAUCGUGCACGCUCAGCGCCACCACAGGCUGAGGACCCCGGCCAAGCGCUGGCUCUUUGCCAUCACAGUGUGGGCUGUGGCCCUGGCUGUCUCCAUCCCUGACAUGGUUUUCGUGCAGACGCACGAAAGCCUGCCGGGUGUGUGGAACUGCUAUGCGGAUUUCGGGGGGCACGGGACCGUCUGGAAGCUCAUACUCCGCUUCCAGCAGAACAUCCUGGGCUUCGUCAUUCCCCUCCUCGCCAUGCUCUUCUUCUACUCCCGCAUUGGCUGUGUCCUGCUCAGGCUGCGGCCCCCAGGCCAGAGCCGGGCUCUGAAGAUAGCCGUGGCCCUCGUGGUGGCCUUCUUCGUGCUCUGGUUCCCGUACAACCUCACCUUGCUUCUGCACUCGCUACUGGACCUGAAGGUCUUCGGGGACUGCAAGACCAGCCGGCGCCUGGACUACGCGCUGCAGGUGACAGAGAGCAUCGCCUUCCUGCACUGCUGCUUCACCCCCAUCCUCUACGCCUGCUCCAACCCCUGCUUCGGCCAGUACCUGAAGGCGCUCCUGGCCACUGUGUUUGCACGGCAACAGGCGCCUUGUCCCGCCCAGGCCCCGCUGUCCAGCUGUUGUGAGAGCAGCAGCCUCACUGUCCAAGAAGAGAUGACCAGCAUGAAAGACCUUGGGGAGAGGCAGGCUGAGGACUCCCCCAACAAGCGGGCCGCGGGGGAACAUGAAGCCUGAGCGGCCAUGCCCCAGCCUGGUGAGAGAGGAUGGGACCCAAAGCCUUCUCUCCCAGGGCUUCAGUGA